AUGUGCUCCCUCAUUGACAAGUUCGACGAGCACGACGGGCCGGUGCGAGGCAUCGAUUUCCACAAGCAGCAGCCGCUCUUCGUGUCGGGGGGCGACGACUACAAGAUCAAGGUCUGGAAUUACAAACUGCGGCGCUGCCUCUUCACCCUGCUGGGACACCUGGACUACAUCCGCACCACCUUCUUCCACCACGAGUAUCCCUGGAUCCUGAGCGCUUCCGAUGACCAAACCAUCCGCGUGUGGAACUGGCAGAGCCGCACCUGCGUCUGCGUCCUGACGGGGCACAACCACUACGUGAUGUGCGCCCAGUUCCACCCCAGCGAGGACCUGGUGGUGUCGGCCAGCCUGGACCAGACCGUGCGCGUCUGGGACAUCUCCGGGCUCAGGAAGAAGAACCUGUCCCCCGGGGCCGUGGAGUCGGACGUGCGCGGCAUCACCGGCGUGGAUCUGUUCGGCACCACCGACGCCGUGGUCAAACACGUGCUGGAGGGCCAUGACCGGGGGGUGAACUGGGCUGCCUUCCACCCCUCCAUGCCCCUGAUCGUGUCCGGGGCCGACGACCGCCAGGUGAAGAUCUGGAGGAUGAACGAGUCCAAGGCCUGGGAGGUGGACACGUGCCGGGGCCACUACAACAACGUUUCCUGCGCCGUUUUCCACCCGCGCCAGGAGCUGAUCCUCAGCAACUCCGAGGACAAGAGCAUCCGGGUGUGGGACAUGUCCAAGCGGACCGGCGUCCAAACGUUCCGGCGCGACCACGACCGGUUCUGGGUGCUGGCGGCGCAUCCCAACCUCAACCUCUUCGCUGCUGGGCACGACGGGGGCAUGCUGGUGUUCAAGCUGGAGCGGGAGCGGCCGGCGCUGGCCGUGCACGGCAAUUCUCUGUUCUACGUCAAGGAUCGCUUCCUGCGGCAGCUCGACUUCGGCAGCUCCCGCGACGUGGCCGUGAUGCAGCUGCGCAGCGGCUCCAAGUUCCCGGUGUUCAGCAUGAGCUACAACCCAGCUGAGAAUUCCGUGCUGCUCUGCACUCGAGCCAGCAACCUGGAGAACAGCACCUACGACCUCUACACCAUUCCCAAGGAUGCAGAUUCCCAAAAUCCCGACGCUCCGGAGGGGAAGCGCUCCUCGGGGCUCACGGCCGUGUGGGUGGCGCGGAACCGAUUCGCCGUCCUGGACAGGAUGCACUCGGUGAGAUCCCGGGAAAAAAAAAUGGGAAAAAUCGGGAUAAUGGGGGUCCAGGGGGGCUGAUCCCAACGGGAAAAGGGUUGGGGAAAUUGGGAUUGGGAUAACGGGGAUCAGAUCCAGAGGGGCCUGAUCCCAAAAAUAAAAGGGUUGGGAAAACCAGGAAUGGGGCUGGAGGAGCUGGAAAAGGGAAUGGAGGAUCCUGAGGGGGCAUUCCCGCCAUUCCCGCCGUUCCCUCAUCCGGCCGUUCCCGCCAUUCCCGCCGUUCCAGCCAUCCUGAUCUGUAACCGGAAGCUGGAGUCGCUGUGCCAGAUCCACGAGAACAUCCGGGUGAAGAGCGGCGCCUGGGACGAGAGCGGCGUCUUCAUCUACACCACCAGCAACCACAUCAAAUACGCCGUCACCUCGGGGGAUCACGGGAUCAUCCGCACGCUGGACCUGCCCAUCUACGUGACGCGGGUGAAGGGCAACAACGUCUACUGCCUGGACCGGGAGUGCCGGCCCCGCGUGCUCACCAUCGACCCCACCGAGUUCCGCUUCAAACUGGCCCUCAUCAACAGGAAGUACGACGAGGUGCUGCACAUGGUGCGGAACGCCAAGCUGGUGGGGCAGUCGAUCAUCGCGUACCUGCAGCGCAAGGGGUACCCCGAGGUGGCCCUGCACUUCGUCAAGGACGAGAAAACGCGCUUCAGCCUGGCCCUGGAGUGCGGCAACAUCGAGAUCGCCCUGGAGGCAGCCAAGGCCCUGGACGACAAGGGCUGCUGGGAGAAGCUGGGCGAGGUGGCUCUGCUGCAGGGCAACCACCAGGUGGUGGAGAUGUGCUACCAGCGCACCAAGAACUUCGACCGCCUCUCCUUCCUCUACCUCAUCACCGGCAACCUGGAGAAGCUCCGCAAGAUGAUGAAGAUCGCGGAGAUCCGGAAGGACAUGAGCGGGCACUACCAGAACGCGCUGUACCUGGGGGACGUGGCCGAGAGGGUGCGGAUCCUGCGGAACUGCGGCCAGAAAUCCCUGGCGUUCCUGACAGCCGCCACGCACGGGCUGGACGAGGAGGCCGAGAGCCUGCGGGAAUCCUUCGAUCCCGAGAAGGAGACGAUCCCGGCCGUGGAUCCCGAGGCGCGGCUGCUGCAGCCGCCGGCGCCGGUGCUGCCCCUGGACACCAACUGGCCCCUGCUGACCGUGUCCAAGGGCUUCUUCGAGGGCUCCAUCGCCGGGAAAGGGAAAGGAGGAGCCCUGGCUGCUGACAUCGACAUGGACGCCGUGGGCACCGAGGGCUGGGGCGAGGACGCCGAGCUGCAGCUGGAUGAAGACGGAUUUGUGGAUGCUGGGGAAGGAUUCGGAGAGGAAGGAACGGGAAAAGGCCAGGAGGAAGGAGGAGGAUGGGAGGUGGAAGAAGAUUUGGAUCUUCCCCCGGAGCUGGAUGUCCCCGCCGGCCCCGCAGGAACGGCUGAGGACGGAUUCUUCGUGCCCCCCACCAAAGGCACCAGCCCAGCCCAGGUGUGGUGCAACAAUUCCCAGCUCCCCGUGGAUCACAUCCUGGCAGGAUCCUUUGAGACAGCCAUGAGGCUGCUCCAUGACCAGGUGGGAGUGACCAACUUCGGGCCCUACAAGCAGCUCUUCCUGCAGACCUUCUCCCGGGGCCGGACGACGUUCCAGGCGCUUCCCAGCCUCCCCGCCAUGUACGGAUACCCGCACCGCAACUGGAAAGAGGCCGGGCUGAAGACCGCGCUGCCGGCCGUGGGGCUGAAGCUGAACGACCUGAUCCAGCGGCUGCAGCUCUGCUACCAGCUGACCACGGCCGGCAAGUUCGAGGAGGCCGUGGAGAAAUUCCGGCUGAUCCUGCUCAGCGUGCCCCUGCUGGUGGUGGACAACAAGCAGGAGAUCGCCGAGGCGCAGCAGCUGGUCGCCAUAUGCCGGGAAUACAUCGUGGGGUUGUCCAUGGAGAUCGAGAGGAAGAAGCUGCCCAAGGAGACGCUGGAGCAACAGAAAAGGAUCUGUGAGAUGGCCGCCUACUUCACGCACUCCAACCUGCAGCCCGUGCACAUGAUCCUGGUGCUCCGCACCGCCCUCAACCUCUUCUUCAAGCUCAAGAACUUCAAAAGCGCCGCCACCUUCGCCCGGCGCCUGCUCGAGCUCGGCCCCAAGCCUGAGGUGGCUCAGCAGACGCGGAAGAUCCUGGCGGCGUGCGAGAAGAACCCCAUCGACAGCCACCAGCUGAACUACGACCAGCACAACCCCUUCGACAUCUGCGCCGCCUCCUACCGCCCCAUCUACCGCGGCAAAGCCGUGGAGAAGUGUCCCCUCAGCGGGGCCUGCUACAGCCCCGAGUUCCGGGGACAGAUCUGCCGCGUCACCACGGUGACGGAGAUUGGGAAGGACGUGCUGGGGCUGCGCAUCAGCCCCCUCCAGUUCCGCUAGGAAUUCUCCUGGAUAAGGAAAUUCCCACUCCCCCCUCCCAGCUUUCCCCCCACUCCCUCCCCUUGGCCAUUCCCAUCCUCUCUUCCCGGUUUUUCCUCGCCGUGGAAUUCCGGAUUGAGAUUUUUUCCCACGUUUAGGAGGAUUUUUUUUCCUUGUUCCCAGAGCAGUUUUUCUGUGCUUUUAUCCCAAAUUUUUUCCAGAGGGGGAAGGGAGGCUCUUCCCAAAUCCUGGUUGGGACACAACCUCCUCUGCUCCCCUUAAAAUCCUAAAAAAUUUCUUGGAAAACCCGGGAUUGGCUCUGUAAAUCCCGAAUCCAGGGAAAUCCUGCUCCCUCUGGAAGUGGCUCUGUGUUCGUUGACGCCUUCUGUUGUCGUCAUGGCAACUUAAUGAGCUCCCCUCGUUAAUAAAGUUCAUUAAUCACCUGGA